AUGUCAAUAAUACCGCCAUCAGCGUCACUUGUGCGUUUUGAUAAUCCAACAUUAAUUUCCGCACAAACGGAUCGUGAUCGAAAAGGUAUCGGUGGUGGAAUGGGUGGAAAACAAAAUGAACAGCAAAUGAUGGAUAUUCCUGGUUCAUCACCUCAAUUACAGAGAAAACAACAAACAAUGAAAGAUUUAUCGUUAGAAGAAAUUCUAGAUAAAAUAUUACCACCACGAAUGACAAAAGAUCCAAAUAAUUCAGAUUUAUUAUAUUGUCAAAGAAUUUCAUCGACACCUGCAACUCGACUAGAUGUAAUAAAUUUACAGGAGCAACUUGAUAUGCGUCUGCAACAGCGUCAAGCACGAGAAACUGGAAUUUGUCCUGUAAGAAGAGAAUUAUUUUCCCAAUGUUUUGAUGAACUUAUUCGACAAGUAGCAAUUAAUUGUGCUGAGCGUGGAUUAUUAUUGCUUCGUGUCAGAGACGAGUUACAAAUGACACUACGUGCCUAUCAAACUUUAUACGAAAGUAGUGUAGCAUUUGGAAUGAGGAAAGCAUUGAUGGCAGAACAAGGAAAAGCUGAAUUAGAACGAAAACUUAUUCAACUUGACGAAGAUAAACGUGAAUUAGAACGACAAUUAAAAGAUACGAAAGCGAACGCGGAAGCGACUGAAAAAAAAUUGACUGAACAACGACAAGUUGAAGAACGAAAACAUAUGGAAGAAAUUAAUUUUUUGAAAAAAACAAAUCAGCAAUUAAAGGCACAACUUGAAGGUUUAAUUGCACCGAAAAAAUAA